UCAAAUACAGUUGGAAGGCACCAGGGAGGUGGAGGAAGGAAAAGGGGAGGAGGAAGAGGAGGAGGAGGGAGAGAAGGGGGAGUGGGAGGCUGGUGAGGAGGGAUGUAGCCCAUCGCCAGGCGAGCUGGAAGGUGGGCAGCCGGAGGACCGGCUCCGAGGAGGUUAUAAAAGGCAGGACCGGGACGCAGAAGGACCCGCAGCCUCCGCGCAGCCCUGCGGGACCCGCCAGGCUCCUUCGCUGGAAGCCCAGAGGAUUGUCUCCCCGACGGCAGGAGCAGCCCGGCAGGAGCGGGGACGCUGCCGGCCAUGCCCCGGGGAGCUGGGCGCAGGGGCAGCUGAGGAUGGUGCCCAGCCUACGUCCUGCCCUCCUCCUCCUGCAGGCAUUUCUCCUCUGGGAUAGCCCGGUUGCAGCUUCCAUCCAGGAGCAGUACUGCGAGAGCCUGCCACCCGUCACCAACCACACUGGUCCCCAGUGCAACGCCUCGGUGGACCUGAUCGGCACAUGCUGGCCCCGGAGCGCAGUGGGGCAGCUGGUGGCUCGGCCCUGCCCCGAGUACUUCUAUGGUGUGCGGUACAACACCACCAAUAAUGGGUACAGAGAAUGCCUCGCGAACGGGAGCUGGGCAGCACGUGUCAACUACUCCCAGUGCCAGGAGAUCCUCAGUGAAGAGAAGAAGAGCAAGCUGCAUUACCACAUCGCUGUCAUCAUCAACUACCUGGGCCACUGUGUUUCGCUGGGGGCCCUCCUCGUGGCCUUUGUCCUCUUCAUGCGCCUGCGGAGCAUCCGGUGCCUGAGAAACAUCAUCCACUGGAACCUGAUCACAGCCUUCAUCCUACGCAAUGCCACAUGGUUCGUGGUCCAGCUCACCAUGAACCCAGAGGUGCACGAGAGCAAUGUGGUUUGGUGCCGCUUGGUCACUGCUGCCUACAAUUACUUCCAUGUCACCAACUUUUUCUGGAUGUUUGGUGAGGGUUGCUACCUGCACACAGCCAUCGUGCUCACAUACUCCACGGACAAGCUCCGCAAAUGGAUGUUCAUCUGCAUCGGCUGGUGUAUCCCCUUUCCCAUCAUCGUUGCCUGGGCCAUUGGGAAGCUCUACUACGACAAUGAGAAAUGCUGGUUUGGGAAGCGAGCAGGUGUUUAUACUGACUACAUUUACCAAGGCCCCAUGAUCCUGGUGCUUCUGAUCAACUUCAUCUUUCUAUUCAACAUUGUCCGAAUCCUCAUGACGAAGCUCCGAGCUUCAACCACGUCAGAGACAAUCCAGUACAGGAAAGCAGUCAAAGCUACACUGGUGCUGCUGCCCUUGCUGGGGAUCACCUACAUGCUGUUCUUUGUCAACCCCGGGGAGGAUGAGAUCUCCAGGAUAGUCUUCAUCUACUUCAACUCCUUUCUGGAGUCUUUCCAGACAUCCCCAAACCCCAGAACUGUUCCAAAGCUCCUGGCUCAGGGGUACCUGUUGGCUGUGAUUCUGCUGCUUGUCUCCUUCCAGGGCUUCUUCGUCUCUGUCUUCUACUGCUUCCUGAACAGUGAGGUGCGAUCGGCCGUGCGGAAGCGGUGGCACCGCUGGCAGGACAAGCACUCCAUCCGUGCCCGCGUGGCAAGGGCCAUGUCCAUCCCCACCUCCCCGACCCGCGUCAGCUUCCACAGCAUCAAGCAAUCCACGGCUGUCUGAGCCGGGAGCCAGAGGCCACACCAGGAGCCGACGUCUCCACUGGGACGUGGGGAACCCCUGGGAGGGGGGCACGGCACAAGACCAGGUCCUGCUGGCAGCCCCAGCCCCGCAAGGAGAGUAUGAACCCACUCGGUCAUGGGACACCUGCACAGCUCCUGCUCCAUGUGCUGGGCAGGCCUGAAAGACAGGACAGCUGAGAUGCUGCUUUGUCAUCUCCCUGGCAGCUGUGUGACCUACUGGCAUGGCAGAAAGAGCCAGAAGGACCUGGAGAGGUUGCAGGGUCUUUCUGCCAGCUCCAUCCUGGGCAUGAUGUCUCAAGGUUUGGGCAUGAUUUAUCAGGUUUGUCUGCUUUGAGGUGACAGGAAACCAGGUUAUUGCUGGGACAGCUUAUGGGGCUAAUUCCCUGGGAAGCUGGGUCAGCCUUCCAGUGAGCACAUGCUGGAAUGUUGCUGGUGGCAGGGGAACCCUCUAGAGGAGUCAAAGUCCUGUGUGUUGGAAGGGGAUGGAUAGAGAGCCUUGGAAUGACUGUAGACAUUGCUUCAUGUGGCUGUGUUUUUGCAGCACUGGGGCUGAGUCCUUCCCCUGUCUCUUGCUGUGUCUCCUGGUGUCCUGUAACUGCUGCUUGGUCUGACUAGAUCAUUUCUCAUCUUGACACCAAAGGUGGGGUAAAGCAGUGGGGUGGGAGAGGGGAGGUAACUCCUUCUCCCAUGGGGAUGGAUCCUAGGGGCUCUGAACAGCCACACAGAGUUGGCUUAUCUGGAGGGAAGCACAGGAAUUAGUUAAAUUCUCUGGUUCAUCCCAGAUGGACCCACAGGUCUCUGCAAAGCUCUGGACCUCAUGCUGACUCCAUGUCCCUGCUCAGAUGGUGGAAAGGAGAGGAAGCCCUGCAGUGGAGCGGUGGCUGAGGUCCCCAGAUGUUGCAGAGGAUGGAUAAAUAUAAUUAUUCAUAAAUAAUAUAGCCAAGAUAAAACAGUCGUCCCAGCUAGCUGGACAACGCCCCUGCCUACAGAUGGGUCCAGGGGUCAAGUGGACUGUUCCAUCUCACCCCCCAAAAUGUAUGGUUCACCCCACACCCCUCCCCUAAAACAUCAAGUGCCUGUAACCCCAUUGGCCCGAGCCUUGUUCCAGCCCACCUUGAAGCUCCUUGAAAAGGGGACUCUGAGGGGCCGGACAGCCUCUUGGAUCUUCUUCCCCUCUCUUGGAUCUUCUUCCCCUCUCUUGGAACUUCCUCCCCUCUCUUGGAACUUCCCCUCCUCUUAGAACUCCCCCUCUCCUUGAGCAUCUUUUUGUCUCUCCCCUCCCCCAUCUCCUUAAGCCUCGCCACGUGCUGCGUCUGGCAGCUUGAGGCAGAACCUUUCUGCAUCCCCAAUAAACCUGAUCCUCCAAGAGCAGCCUUCAGAGAUCUCUCGCCUCAAUUCACCCAAACCGUCCUGGGGCAGAUAUCGCUACACCCAAAGGCAGGUACAGGCCCUGGCUCUGCCCUCUCCUCCUUGCCCUGUUUUACCUGGGUAGAUGGGCCCAGUGUCAAAGCUGCUCCUUGCUCUUGUGCAGGGGAUGGGACUAAACCAUCCCCAUGUUGGGGUUAAGUGCCUUGGAGGAGCAGCAGCCUCCUUUCCUCCCUUCCCUCCCUUCCCUCUCUUCCCUCCCUUCCCAUCUCCCUCCCCAUUCUCAGGACUCCAGAUUGUCCCCAGUUCCCCCUCGCUCAUUGCCCUCUUCCAUGUGGUCACCAAAAGCAGCUGAGCAGAGAAGUGGAUUUGCCUUGACCUCUUUGGAGCCACCUUUUCCUUGUCCCAUACAAGGUCUGGGGACGCAGGCAGGAGACAGAUUACAGCAGGUUUAUGGGCUGUCUGCCCUCUGCAUCCCAGGGAUUUUGCCACUGGGGCCAUACAGGGUGUGGUGUGAGCCCCUUCACAUUUCUGUGCCUCAGUUUUCUGGCUAUAAAGAACAGGCAUAAAUGUUUCCUGCCCUGGGGAGAUUUAAGCAUCUUUGAAAUUGCAGUAUUUUGUGAUUUCCUCAGGAUAUACCACCAGACAGGAAUAAAAUCUUGCAUCUUUUUAUUUAAAGAGAAGCAUAAGAAAAAAAAACUCUGGGUUCUUUCUUCAUUUGUGAAUUUCAGUAGUUUGGAGCAAAUUCCUCCCACUUCCCUCCCAUUUGAUUUUCUACCUGCAAGUCUACAGUGCAGCAAAACUGGAGACAUCCCAUUGACUCCAAUAAUCUGCUAGGAAUAGCAACAGUUCCCAGUAUGACACAGUGACCACAACAGGGACCAUACCCUGCACAUAGGGCACGUUUCAGUCUUUGUUCAAGUUCAGCCACUGCAAACAGUACCAAAACCUGCCCCUUCUUCAAAAUAUGGCUGUGAAAAAGACCCCAUGAGUUAUGCAAUGGGAAAAGGGGCAGCUGCCAGCUCUAUGGACACUUUCUGCUAGUACUCUACAAGGAGUAGAUUUGCAUCUUCUGUGUCAUGGUUUCUCUGUUGGGUACUUUGGCAGGAGCUAAUAAUGAUCUGCUGGCAAUGGAGAAGGGGAAAUGUCCCAGAGAGCUUCUUUUCCUCAUCCCUGCAAGUGAUGUUGCCAAAAAAUGACAUGCUACAUGUUCAAUUUUGACUUUUCUAAAGUGAGGUCUUUUGGUGGAAAGAAGCUGGAAAUUGAAAAACCAAAGAAAGAAACCCAAACAGAAGCAUCUGUGUUCAUAUCACUGUUUUUCUUUCUCUUCUUGGUGGUCUGCUCCAACUGAUGUGACUUUGAUUUCCAUAGCUGGAGUGUGUAUUCUCAGUCUUGUUUGAUUAAAAAUACUUUAAUUCCUCUUA